AUGUCUCUUCCAGCAGUUAAUUUUCCUGAUGACAUGUACAAAGCAAGUGCUGUGAUUGUCUCCACGCCCCAGGACAUUGCACUAAUGGAUGCACACAAGGGUGCUGAGAUGUUUCGAAAAGUCCACGUGCCUGUUCUGGGCAUUGUCCAAAACAUGAGUGUUUUCCAGUGUCCAAAAUGUAAGCACAAGACUCCCAUUUUUGGCAGUGAUGGUGCAAGGAAACUAGCACGGACCCUUGAUCUUGAUGUUCUAGGAGACAUUCCUUUACACCUUAAUAUAAGGGAAGCUUCAGAUACAGGCCAGCCAAUUGUGUUUUCACAGCCUGAAAGUGAUGAGAUUCUUGAAAACCAAGGAGCAUUUCAAGGGAGUUAA